AUGUUUAUGCUGAUAAGGGAUACCUUUUCACCUGGGGAAAGUACUACUGGGUUUAAGGAGAGAUUUCAUGCCCAUCUGAAUAUCACCACAAGGUCAGUCCCCUUGUCCAUCCAGAGGGUGCAGCUGUUUGACUCUGCUGUGUACUACUGUGCUCUGAGGUCCACUGUGACAACAGGAUGUACAGCCCACUUACAAAAACUAUAGGUUUCUCAUGUGCCUAUAGACACAUACAGUAUCAAUGAAAAGUUGGGACCAAAACACAAUAUAUAUUUCAAUAUAGACCUGAAUUAGAUACUCUGUAGGCUACAUGAGUGUUUGUAUCUGAAUUACAAUAGAAUAUGUGCACGUUUUCAAACAUCAAUUUCCAAAUAAGUUAAUCAUACUCACUUCAUGUAUGUCAUUGUCAAUAGUUAACAUAUUAUCUGAGCUAGACAUAGGUGUUUCACUUCGUCUCUAAUGUACUGCAAAGAGUGCUAAUAUAAUACUGACGAGGUGAUAUUGACCCAUACAUUUUUAUACAAUCUUACCCCUCUCUGAACAGGCUCCUCCUUCAUGUCUAUCAGUUGAUGGUGAUAUACAGGCUGAGAUGGACAUGGAAGAGAGAGAGAGGAUCUCUACCUCUUACUGUAACUCACAGUCACUCUCUGUGUGUUCUGCAUAGCCAUGGUACUCUGUCUGAUCAUCUGGCUGGUUCUUGCAGUAUUGUACUUCGGUAUGAUGGAACCUUUUCUCUCAUUGGUUUAUCUCAUCUUUAACUAAUUUUACCUAUAAUUUUAUAAUUUCAAUAAUCUUUCAAAUUAUCACUCAGUCUUUCUUUUUUCCCCAGAGUGCACAGGAGACCAUGUUCAACAGCAACCAGGAGGUGUGA